UGACCAAACUUUAGAGAGAAAAAAAACUGAAGCUUUGAUUUUUUUUUCUUCUUCCUUCAAUGUCGUUGAACACAUUCGACGAUACUUGAAUCUCACUCCCUCUUCGUCUCCUUAUCUUCAUUCUCUCUCUGUUUCUCCGAUUUCGUCUGGCGAAUCUGCUUUUCUCUUCUCGUUCCGGUGAUAAAAAUCUCGGAUUUCUGCGACGAAUUUCUCUCUUUCCGUUGUCUGUUUUGGUGAGAUCUUCGCGUUUUAGGGUUUUUGUUCUCGUUCGUGUUCUCGGGAUGAUGAAAGCUUCAAUCGGGAGGUUGAGGAGAUUCGCAUUUCACAAGGUCGAUGCGAAGGACAAGGGAGAGUUUUUGCCGACGGCACAGAUUGACGAGCUCGCCCGAGCAGCCAAGGAUAUGCAAGACAUGAGAGAAUGCUAUGAUAGAUUACUCUCUGCAGCCGCUGCUACUGCUAAUAGUGCAUAUGAGUUCUCAGAAUCGUUGGGGGAAAUGGGUUCUUGUUUGGAGAAAAUUGCACCACACAGCGAUGAAGAAAGCGGUAAAAUCUUGUCAAUGUUGGGUAGAGUUCAGUUUGAUCUGCAGAGACUCGUUGACAACUAUCGCACAAAUAUAUUCAAGACGAUUACACACCCCUCGGAAUCGCUUCUCAACGAACUUAGAACUGUCGAGGACAUGAAGCGGCAAUGCGAUGAAAAGAGAGACGUUUUCGAGUAUAUGAUGGCUCACGUGAAAGAGAAAGGGAGGCCGAAAGGGAAAGGAGAGAACUUUGUGUCGCAUCAGUUACAAGCCGCUCAUAACGAAUUCCAUGAUGAGGCAACAUUGUGCCUUUUUCGAUUGAAAUCUCUUAAGCAAGGACAGUCUCGAAGCCUUCUCACACAAGCAGCCCGCCACCACACUGCUCAGAUGCGUAUGUUUCGAGAUGGAAUAAAAUCUCUUGAGGCCGUUGAACAACACGUUAGGAUCGCUGCGGAGAAGCAACAUAUUGACUGCGAGCUCUCUGUUCAUGGAAAUGAAAUGGAAGAUAACGAGGAUGAUGAUGAUGAUGACCAAUGCAUUAACGAAGACAGGGAACUCAGUUUUAACUGCGGAAUGAGCACUCGGAGAGUGGAAGCUCUCUCUACGCCUCGGAGCUCGAUGAAGGCCGAGGAUGCAGACCUCUCGUUUCCACGCCCUUCAGCAACAGAGCCUGCAACGAUGUAUGCAUAUAAAAAGGAAGAACACCAAGCUUCGAGCCACGAUCACAGAGCGAGCAGCCAUUCAGCCCCAUUGUUCUUGGAGAAAAAACCCGAUUUAACAGAUAGGUUGAGGCAGAUGAAUCCAUCCGUCAUGGCCCAGGCUGCGAAUGCAUAUGUAUUACCUACCCCGAUUGAUUCGAGGUACAAUCCAGCUCCCCAAACUUCAAAUGCAAAACCCACUAGCCAAAGUGGAAAUAUAUGGCAUUCAUCACCGUUGGAACAUAUGAAGAACGGGAAAGAUACCGAAAACAGCAAUAAUAUCUCUACCCGAUUACCCCGUCCCUCUGUAGAACGGGAAUCCAACGAUGUGGCUGCAUCCCAGAAAGCAGCAAGGCAUGCGUUUUCCGGGCCACUUGUGAGCAAACCCUUCUCAGCGAAACCCAUUUCCACGGAGACAUUCUCGGGUGCAGUUUCCCGAUUGCCAGUCCCGACACCUGUUGCCAUGGUUCCUCAUCAGUCAUCUUCUUCUCCAAAGGUAUCACCUGGUGCUUCACCGCCACUCGCAUCUCCCCCUCGGGUUAGCGAGCUCCAUGAGCUCCCGACCCCCCCGCCUCCAUUGCUACCUCGACAUCGUCCAAAGUCUUCUGCUCUGGCCGGUCACUCGGCUCCUCUUACUGCAUGGAGCCAAGACAGCAAAAGUACAGUUCCAUCAUCAACCAGCAUUGUCGCCUCACCUCUUCCUGUUCCGCCAUUGAUCGUCCCGAGAAGCUUCUCUAUACCUUCGAGAAACCAGAGAACCAUGGCUCAAGGCCUGCCCGAGAAGAACCAAGACGCUGUAGCGUCCCCGCCAUUAACACCGAUGUCCCUAAUGAACCACAGAUCGCCAUCUCGAGCUCAGACAGGUCAAGCGAGAGGGGGAAGCUGAUGCAAGUGAAGCGGGAACGAGAAAUGGUGGUUGUAGAGAGACAGAUCCAUUUAGUAAAUAUAGAGGUUGAUAUUUGUAUUCUUUAGUUGGUGAAAUCUUCUCCCAAUGUAAAUCUGAAACCAGAUGUUUUUCUUUGAUUCCUUUUAUCCCUUCUCCUACAAAAAAACACUAUGCCCUUUUUCCAAUCUUUAGAUGUAGAUUGUGUCAUAAAUUCAUGA